AUGAACCCACCUCCACCUCCAGCCCUAAAUCCAAGCUCAGCUCUCAAUCCCACUUCCUCUCCCAACCCAAACCCCAAUCCACCUGCAACCUUCUCCCCCACCUCCCUUCUCUGGGCCCACCAACUUCGUCGUGAACACAAUGUCCUAGUCUCCCGCCUGGACGCGCUGGAGAGGACCCUGACAUCUACUUCCGCUAAGCUGACUACAAGGACAGAUGCGUUGAAAGAUGAAUUGGGAACGAGACUAACGGGACUUGAGGGCUUGGUUGCCGUGGUUCAGGGGGGUUUGGAUGGCGCUAGAGUGGAUGUAAAGGGGAUUAUAAGGGAUGUUGAAGAGGUAAGAGGAGACGUUGAGGGAUUGGAAGGGUGGAAGGGUGCGGUUGAGGGGAGGGAGAGGGAGAGGGACGAAAGGGAAAAGGUUGGUGAGGAAGGGAGAAGGAUAGAUGUGGAGGAGAGGGAAAAAGGGAGGGAGAUGAUUGAGGGUGUGGAGAAGGGAUUGAGAGAGGUUAUGGCGGAGAUUAAGGAGUUGAAGGGGAUUGUGGAGGAGUUGAGGAGGGAGAGGGAUGGGAAACCCGAACCCCGACAGGGAAAGGGGAAAGAAGAAAGGGCACCUCACAUUCCUUGCUCCUAUCCCAAUCUCACCACAAACUUUCGGGACGACACCCAACAACACCGCUCCUCCUCGUUACCACCAAUAUCCUCCUAUCAUCGGUACAUCCAUCAACACAGACAGCAUCAACCAAUGCCCUCCACAAUCUCCGGCACACCGACGGCCUCCCACCUCCCAACCUCAGCAUUAACCCGCAGCUCUCCCCCACCGCAAUCGCACCAACCACAAACACAACCAGAGUACUCAGCCGUCCUCGUCCCAGACUCAAUCCCACCAGCACCCCCGACAUCCCCCACUGAACCGCACUUAUCACUCAUAACUCACCCCUCGGAGAAAUUGGAAAUGGAAUAUGAAUAUCCCAUGUCAGCAGGAGCACGAGAACGGACUGGUGCAGGCACUAUAAUACCAACCCUGCGCCAGAGACCUAGUGAAUCACUCCAUUCCUAUUUGGAACGUGGGGAAGCUGUGUUGGCGCGGUUUCCGCGUCAGGAGGAGAAUAGAGUUGUGCUGGCUUUUUGGGGAGGAGUUAGGGAUGGGGAGUUUAGGGGGAUGUUGGAGGAGGGGCUGAAGACCGGGGGGUGGAGGUGGGAGGUUGUUAGGGGGCUAAUUUUGGAGAAGACGGGAAGGGGGGUUUGGGAGGAGAGGGAUAGAGUUUGUGGUAUCAGUAACAACGGGGUUGAUAGCUGUGGGGAUAUAGCUGUGCCUAGGGUUGGGGUUAGGGUUGUCAAAAAAAGGAAGAUGAAGGUGAAGAGGAGGAGGAGGGUUAUACCUGUUAUUUGGCCGGUUGAGGAGGAAGGGGAGGUGGGAGAGGUGGGAGAGGAGGGAGAGGAGGGAGAGGAAGGGGGAUGGUUUGUGAUACGGAAUGGGUUGACUUAA